AUGGCAUUGCCAAAUCAGCAAACUGUUGAUUAUCCAAGCUUCAAGCUUGUAAUUGUUGGUGAUGGUGGUACAGGGAAAACCACAUUCGUUAAGAGGCAUCUUACUGGAGAGUUUGAGAAGAAAUAUGAGCCAACCAUUGGUGUGGAAGUUCACCCCUUGGAUUUUUUCACUAAUUGUGGCAAAAUUAGAUUCUAUUGCUGGGAUACAGCUGGUCAAGAGAAGUUUGGUGGUCUUAGAGAUGGAUACUACAUCCAUGGUAAUUGUGCUAUCAUCAUGUUUGAUGUUACUGCUCGGUUGACAUACAAGAAUGUCCCUACAUGGCAUAGAGAUUUGUGCAGGGUUUGUGAAAACAUUCCUAUUGUGCUUUGCGGAAACAAGGUUGAUGUGAAGAACAGGCAGGUGAAGGCCAAGCAGGUCACCUUCCACCGUAAGAAGAACUUGCAGUACUAUGAAAUUUCGGCGAAGAGCAACUACAAUUUCGAGAAGCCGUUCUUGUACCUUGCCAGAAAGCUUGCUGGGGAUCCCAAUUUGCAUUUUGUUGAGUCUCCAGCCCUGGCUCCCCCGGAAGUUCAAAUUGAUCUGGCAGCACAGGCACACCAUGAGGCAGAACUUGCUGCUGCAGCAAGUCAACCUCUUCCAGAUGACGACGACGACGCAUUUGAGUCAAUUACUGACCUGUUUGUUUUGAGUUGCUCAUUUCAUGAUUUUGCGCAGGGGUGGGUGGGUGGGUGGGGGCAUCGUGCUGAUAUUAUUUGUUAUAAUUAUGGUUUUUCUGGUGGGGCUGCAUAUGAUGUGGUUUCCUUUUGUCCCCUGGAAUUUAAAGCCAAGACACAGAGGUGCUCUCUCAAGCCAAGAGAACGAUUAGGAAUCUGCCAAAAGAUGGAAGAAUCUGAGCGCAAUGACUGCAUUAAUGCGCAAGGUAAUGGAUUGAUUCUAUUUAAGAUAUCUAAAUUCCCCAUAGCAAAUUCACAAUCCAACAGAAGUUGGGAAUUUCCAAAGAAUCGUAGAGUCCUCAAGCUGGUGCAUCCUGGAGGCUUUGCUGAGAUUCAUAAGAAUCCAAUAUCCGCUGCCGUAGUCAUGAAAAAGAAUCCAAGACAUUUCAUUACGCGUCCAGAUGUGUUCAGAUUUCCUUGGAUGGUGAUUUGUCCCGAGUCCAUUUUGAAGCCUGGAAAUGUCUUCUUCAUUGUUCCAUGCCAUACUGUUCAUCGUUUAUUACAAACAAGCAAAUCUCAGAUACAAGCCUCUCUAAUGCAGCAACAAGAUCAUUUUCUUCCAUUUUAUGACGAAAUUUAUCCUGCAGGAUCAUGGGCUGAACAAGAAGUUAUGUGGGCAAAUGACCAUGGAUUAAUUCAUUUUCCUCAAGAAGGGGACUCAAGAGAGUCUUCGGUUGAGAUAAGACAAGACUUCCAUCUACUUCUGGAGAAACAAUCUCCUCCAAUAUCACAAGCACGAGCUAAAGUAGAUUGCAAGUUGGAAGAUGAAGAUGGUAUUUUCCUAACGGAUUUAGGUGACUCAAACAUUGUGCAAUUCCUUCAACAAAGCCGUGGUCAACAAUCAUUAGGCAAGGCUCACUUCAACGUCAAGACUCAACAAGAUUCUGAUGAUUCUCCAAAGGAACCUUACCCAGCCAAGUUUUGUCCAGUAUUCUGUGCUUACAAAAAUCGCCAAAAAGAGUCAAGAUCGUCAUUUUCAUUUUCAUCACAAAGCACUUCGAGUGAUGCCGAAGUUGUUUUUCCGUUUCCAGAAGAUGACAAUGGGGGUUUAGAUAUUAGCAGUUUUCAGGAGGAGAAAAGGUUAAAAUCUUGUUUGAAGAAGAACAACUCCACUAAAACACGCAAUUUCAGAGGAAAGUUUGGAGGGUGUAUUGUACUAAGCUGUUAUCUGCUUGUGUAUGAUGAUGUCCCUGGUGCUUUAAAUACCAUGUCUGUGAUGCUAAGAAUUCUUCUCGAUGACGCUGGAAACCUUCAGCUGGGGUACUUUUUUCUUUUUCAUCACAUUGUGGUCUUCUUGGAUGUUGUUAUCCGUCACUGCAACCGCUCCGUGAUAGUUGAAGAUGUUGCUUUCCUGGUGGAGCUGUUCUGGGCUCAGGUUAGAGGCUUUCUAGGGGGUUUGCAGGAACCCAUGAAUACACUGAGCAUCAGAGUAGAGGAAACAAUGAUGUCAGAACCUGGCCAUUAUUUGCCAUUUUCGAAAGAACUGGAUGCAAAAAUUGCACCAAACUCAUUGUGCCAGAAAAAUGAUGGUGAACCCCAGGUCCCCAGCAUCAUCUUUAGACCUUUGGAAGCAACAUUGCAUGCAUCCAACUGUGGCCCUGGAAAAUGCAUGGGAUGUGUUAAUAACAUCCUUAAAACUGGAAUUUCUUCAGUCAACACCAAGAGCAUUGAAUAG